AUGGGGAAAAAACACUUCUCUAGGUUGGAGGUGAUCUUAAUGGUUCUGUUUGUGCUGAUGACUGUGAUAUCAAUCACAUUCAUAGUUCUGUUUGCCACAGGAGAAUCUGGUGUCAAAGAAGAAAUUACAGAUACAUUUGUUCCGACAUGUCCCAGCAUUCCUCUGGGUGAGAGAGUAGAUUGUUUCCCUGAAUCUGGAGCUUCAGAGGAGAAAUGUCAGGAACGUGGAUGUUGUUGGAGCCCACGGGAUGAGAGCAAUGUUCCCUGGUGUUUCUUCCCAACCAACCAUGGAUACACAGUAGAAUCACAGGAGACAUCAGACGCUUAUGUGAUGAAAGCAAAACUGACAAGAAUGGAAUCUCCAUCUUUAUUUGGUGGGCACAUUAAAGAAUUGGCACUCAACGCAGAAAUGCAGACAAACAAUCGACUCCGAUUCAAGAUCUAUGAUCCCAACAAGAACAGAUUUGAGGUCCCCCAUGAGUAUGUCAGUAACCUCAACAACAACCCAUCCAGUCCCAUCAACAACACACUGCAGAUCACACAGAAACCCUUUGGCCUUAUUGUCCGCAGGAAGGAGAACCAAAAAGUUGUGUUUGACACUAGAAUGGCUCCGCUUGUGUUUGAAGACCAGUACCUACAGCUGUCUGCUAAGCUUCCAUCUCACAAUAUUUAUGGCCUGGGGGAGCAUGUCCAUAGGCAAUAUCGCCAUGACACAAACUGGAAAACCUGGCCAAUUUUCACCAGAGAUGCUUUCCCUAAUGGGGGAACACAUAACCUCUAUGGACACUAUCCCUUCUUCCUCUGUCUGGAAGAUGAGAGUGGAAAGUCAUUUGGGGUCUUUCUCAUGAACAGCAAUGCUAUGGAUGUGACACUGCAACCUGCCCCAGCUGUGACCUACAGGACAAUUGGAGGGGUUCUUGACUUCUACAUUUUCUUUGGUGACACACCAGAACAAGUGGUGUACGAAUUCCUUGAGCUCAUUGGCAGGCCUGUCAUUCCUGCCUACUGGUCACUGGGAUUCCAGCUUUCUCGGUGGAACUACGGCAACCUCAGUACAGUCAAGGAAACAGUGGAGAGGAACCGUGCUGUGGACCUUCCAUAUGAUAUUCAGUACACGGACAUAGACUACAUGGAGGAUAAAAAAGAUUUCACCUAUGACAAAGUUAACUUCACUGAACUUCCACAGUUUGCUGACUACCUCCAUGAAAAGGGGCAGAGAUAUAUCCUUAUACUGGAUCCUGCAAUAGCCACCAGUAAGAGGGUGGGAAAUGCUCCGUAUGAGCCUUAUGACCGCGGGACUGCGAAGAAUGCUUGGGUCACUGAAUCAGAUGGGAAAACUCCUCUAGUGGGAGAGGUAUGGCCUGGAGAGACUGUAUUCCCAGAUUACACCAACCCAAACUGCAUAGCUUGGUGGGUGGAUGAAUAUGAGCGAUUCUACAAGGAGGUCAAACAUGAUGCACUUUGGAUUGACAUGAACGAGGUUGCUAAUUUCAAGCAAGGAUCAUCAAAGGGGUGUGCUGAAAACAACCUCAACUACCCUCCAUAUAUACCAAAAAUUUUGGACAACUUGAUGUACAGUAAGACUCUGUGUAUGGAUGCCAAGCAGUCUUGGGGAAGCCAUUAUGAUGUCCACAGUCUGUACGGCUACUCUAUGGUGUUGGCUACUGAAAAAGCUUUGCAGCGCGUGUUUGGAGAAAACCGUACACUGAUGCUGACCCGCUCCUCCUUUCCAGGUGUGGGAAAAUAUUCAGGUCACUGGCUGGGGGACAAUGCUGCCAACUGGAAUGACAUAAAAUGGGCUAUCCCUGGCAUGCUAGAGUUUGGGCUCUUUGGUGUACCCUAUAUUGGUGCUGACAUCUGUGGUUUCUUUGAUGACUCCCCUGAAGAGUUGUGUCGUCGCUGGAUGCAGGUCGGGGCUUUCUAUCCCUUCAGUCGGAACCACAACGCUGAGGGAUACAAGCCUCAGGAUCCAGCUUCAUAUGGUGCUGACUCACCACUGGUGCGGAGUUCAAAACAUUACCUGACGAUACGUUACACUCUUCUGCCUUACCUCUACACGCUAUUCUACAAAGCCCACACUACAGGGGAGACUGUUGUACGCCCCGUCAUGCAUGAGUUCUAUUCUGACAGUGAAACCUGGACAGUGGAUCGCCAGUUCCUCUGGGGAAAAUACCUGCUCAUCACACCUGUAUUGGAUCCAGGUGUGGAAAAGGUGUGGGCAUAUCUACCUGAUGCUUUGUGGUAUGACUAUGAUACGAUGGAAAAGGUGACAGACCGCAAAAAGCAUGUUGAAAUGAAUCUACCAGCUGAGAGGCUUGGAUUACACAUCAGGGGAGGAGCGAUCCUCCCGACACAGAAACCUAAUGUCACCACCACAUACAGUCGGCAUAACCCGAUGGGCUUGAUCAUUGCUCUUGAUGACUACGGCAGUGCAGCUGGGGAGCUAUUUUGGGAUGACGGCGAAUCCCGAGACACAGUUAAGAAUGGCAACUACAUCCACUACAAGUUCUCUGUUACCCAGGGAAUACUGACAAUGCAGGUGACCCAUGCUGGUUAUAGUGACCCAAACAACCUUAAGUUUGACAACAUUGUUAUCCUUGGGGUGCCAAUUUCUCCCAUGUCCGUCUCUGUGACUCAUGUCGACGCUGAAAACACUACGACUACAUUAACAAACAGCAGCAUAGACUUCGAUGGAGUCAAGAAGGUACUAUCCCUGCACGACCUCGACUUGACCUUGGGGAAGACCUAUGUGGUGGAGUGGAAAGUAAUGCGCAUUAACUGUUAUCCAGAGGAAGAUGAGGAUCAGGCUAAGUGCGAGGCCAGGGGGUGUGUCUGGGAUCCAGUUGCCACUGAAGGAGCCCCAUCGUGCAUCUAUCCAGAAGACUAUGGUUACACUGUCACAGGAUUAACAGAAAAUAUGGAUGGCAUCAUAGUUGAUAUCAUUUGGAACAAGAAGUACCGGAACAGUGGUCGUCCAGAGUCACCUGAUAUUGACAAACUCCGCGUUGACAUCAAAUAUCACAGCAGUGACAUGCUGCAGUUCAAGAUAUUUGACCUGGAAAAUAAUCGCUAUGAGGUACCAGUUGGAUUGUCAGUUCCUGCAACCCCUGAGACUGAUGAGGGCAAGAGGCUUUACAAGGUCGUUAUUGCCAACAAUCCAUUUGGCAUCAAGGUCAUUAGGAAACGCACCGGAACCAUAAUUUGGGAUUCAUCUGUGCCAGGUUUUACCUUCUCAGACAUGUUCAUCCAAGUGUCAACUAAAUUGCCAUCUCAGUUUGUUUAUGGUUUUGGGGAAACAGAGCAUCCCACUUAUAAGCACAACCUCAACUAUCAUACCUGGGGGAUGUUCGCCAAGGACCAGCCUCCUGGUUACAAGAUGAAUUGCUAUGGAGUCCAUCCCUUCUAUAUGGGCUUGGAGAAUACAGCUGAUGCUCAUGGUGUGCUGCUGCUAAACAGCAAUGCUAUGGAUGUCACUUUCCUGCCUGAUCCAGGUUUAACCUAUCGAACUCUGGGAGGCAUCCUGGAUUUCUACAUGGUCCUGGGACCUACGCCUGAGAUGGUGGUGCAGGAGUACACUCAACUGAUUGGACGACCUGUUCUACCUGCCUAUUGGUCCCUUGGGUUCCAACUCUGUCGCUAUGGCUACGAGAAUGACACGGAAAUAGAACACCUUUACAAAGAUAUGAGGGCAGCUGGGAUCCCCUAUGAUGUGCAGUAUGCAGACAUUGACUACAUGGAGCGUCAGCUGGACUUUGUCCUGGACCAAGACUUUAAAGGACUGCCUGCCCUGGUUGAUAGCAUGAGAAAAGAGGGCAUGAGGUUCAUUUUCAUUCUGGAUCCUGCCAUCUCAGGUAAUGAGACAGACCCCUACCCAGCCUUUGAGAGAGGUAAAGAAGCAGAUGUUUUCAUAAAAUGGCCCCAAACCAUCAGUGAUGGAAUUGUGUGGGGGAAGGUCUGGCCUGAUUAUCCAAAUGUCACAGUAGAUGAAAAUCUGGACUGGGAUAUCCAAGUAGAGCUCUAUAGGUCAUACACCGCAUUUCCAGACUUCUUCCGGCCCCAAACUGCAGACUGGUGGCAUAAAGAAAUCAAAGAUUUCUAUGAGAAAACUAUGAAGUUUGAUGGCAUUUGGAUUGACAUGAAUGAGCCUGCUAGUUUUGUCCAUGGCACAGUUGGAGGAAAGUGUCUUGGUGAUCCAAAACUAGAGAACCCACCAUAUAUGCCGCCCUUGGAGUCAAAACAGCUUGGCUUAAACCAUAAGACUCUGUGCAUGAACAGCGAACAGAUACUCAGUGAUGGAAAAAGAGUCAGACACUAUGAUGUUCAUAACCUCUAUGGCUGGUCCCACACCAAGCCUACAUAUGAUGCCCUUCUGAACGUGACAGGUAAAAGAGGCAUAGUGGUCACCAGAUCCACCUACCCCUCUAGUGGAAAAUGGGCCGGACAUUGGCUUGGAGACAACAAUGCUAGCUGGGACCAACUUUACAAAUCCAUUAUAGGUAUGAUGGAGUUCAGUCUGUUUGGCAUCCCUUAUACCGGGGCAGACAUAUGCGGGUUCUUUAAUAAAGCUGAACGUGAGAUGUGUCUUCGUUGGUCACAGCUGGGUGCUUUUUAUCCAUACUCACGCAACCACAAUGGCAAGGGUAACCCGAGACAAGAUCCUGUUUCUUGGGAUCCAGAGUUUGCCAGUGUAACCCGAGAUGUCCUGAACAUCCGCUACACCCUCCUGCCCUAUCUGUACACUCUGAUGUAUGAGGCACAUACUCUAGGAAACACAGUGAUCAGACCACUUUUGCAUGAGUUUGUGAAUGACAAAACUACAUGGGAAAUCUACAAACAGUUCCUCUGGGGACCUGCCCUGCUUAUCAGCCCUGCACUUGACCAGGGAGUCACAACUGUGAAUGGCUAUCUUCCUAAUGACCGCUGGUAUGAUUUCCACACUGCCAAAGAUGUUGGAGUGCGUGGCAAAAUGGUUGAUAUGCCAACACCCUUGGACCAUAUUAACCUUCAUGUCAGAGGAGGAUAUAUCUUACCCUGGCAGAAACCAGAGAACAAUACAUAUUACAGUCGGCAGAAUCCUUUAGGACUGAUCGUUGCCCUGAAUGACAGAGGAACUGCUAAAGGAUCGUUCUUCUGGGAUGACGGUGAAGGAAUAGACACAGUGGAGAACGACAGAUAUCUUCUGAUCUCGUUUUCAGUGCAGUCGAACAACUUGACCAGUCAGGUGGAUCAUAAUGGCCUGGCUGAUGCUAACAGGUUGAAGCUGGGUGUGGUGAGGAUUUGGGGCGUGGGCAGUACUGAGAUCACAGAGGUUAUCCUAACUCUAUCUAAUGUGGCACAUCCACUAACCCCACAGCACAACCUUGACUCACAGGAGCUGAUUAUAGAUACUACUGCAAAGGGUGUGUAUGUGGAUCAGCCUUUUAGCAUAACAUGGAAGACCAAGGUGUGACUGCAGCGUUUGGGUUCACUUGUGAAAAAAUAAGAAAUCUAUACAUAAUGGUCAAUUCAUUUGAAUUAAGAUGUGAAAACAUGUUUUGUUUUUGAAUAUGAAAUGUGAAACCUCAAUACCUACCAUCAGCCUACAAUACUGUGUGUGUGUGUGUGUACGCAUGUGUGUUUAAUUUACUCAAUAUCCCAACUAUCAACUGCCUAUUAAAAUGUGUGAUACUGCAGAAACAGUGAUGACUGCCUUGAAUUAAAAAAACAAAAAAAAACCCCAGUAAGUUACUUUUAAACAAUGAACUGAAAAUUCAACUGUAGGA